AUGGUUCGCACCGUUCAGCUCUCUUCCUCCGUCGCCAUCCCGCAACUCGGCUAUGGCGCCAUGGGUCUUUCGCAAGGCUACGGCAAGGCAGACGACGACACCUCCCGCGAGACUCUGCGCCACGCCAUCAAGAUCGGGUACAACCUCUGGAACACGGCGACGGUUUACGGGCCUGACCAGCACAACGAGAAGCUCCUCGGCUCGGUUCUGCGCGAAGGCGACAACCGCUCGAAGGUCAUCGUCACGACCAAGUGGGGAGUGAAGUGGGAGAACGGAGACUUGGUGACGGACGGUUCUCCCGAGUUCGCUCGCCAGUGCAUCGACCAGUCCAUCAAGAACCUCGGCUCGGCACCCGACAUGUGGCUGCUCCACCGUAUCGACAAGAAGAUCCCGGUCGAGGAGAGUGUCAAGGCGAUGGAGGAGGCUCGCCAGGCGGGCAAGUGCACGUACAUCGGCCUGUCCGCAAUGUCGGCCAACACGCUUCGCCGCGCCGCUAAAGUCGCCAAGAUCGACUUUGUCGAAAUGGAGUUCAGUCCGUUCGAGACAGGCAUCGAAAACUCGGGCGUCAUCGAUGCGUGCAAGGAGCUAGGCGUCAAGAUCUUUGCAUACUCGCCUCUCGGUCACGGUUUCCUCACUGGACGCUUUCGUAGCUUCGAGGAUGUCCUGAAGGACGGCGACAUGCGCGGUUCGGGCACCUUCCCGCGCUUCAACAAGGAAGUCUGGGACCACAACUUCAAGCUCGUCGAGGCGCUCGAAAAGAUCGCGGAGAAGAAGGGCUGCAAGGCGAGCCAACUCGCUCUCGCGUGGGCCAUGCAGGUCCACGGCGAUUUGAUCAUCCCCAUUCCAGGCACCAAGUCAGUCAAAUACCUCGAGGAGAACUUUGCGGCCAACGAUGUAAUCCUCUCGCAAGUCGAGAUGGACGAGAUCCGCAAGGUGAUCAAAGAGAACCCGAUCAAGGGCGCUCAGUACGGGGAGAAGUUUCAGGCGCUGAUGGACGAGUAG